AUGUCUGAAAGGACGAGAAAGGUUCACGAUAUAUCGGACAGUGAAGAGGAAGACAUCGAAAUCGUUCCCGUUGUGAGGAACGCGGUCGGAGACAUAAAGCCACCGCGCGACCUAAGCGUGCGACCAGGGACUAGCGCAUCGGCCUCAAUGAUCUCGCGAGAGUCUCCGACGAAAAGAUUUAGCGAGAGCCAAGAGAAGAACAUUGAAAUCCUGAAGAAAAGAAAACUCGACUCCGCGUCUGAUGCCGGCGACACCCUCGGGCCGGCUCUGGAUGCUAUCAUUCAAGAAUCCAGCGAAAUCGUCGAUCUUGAUCUCCCACCCUGUCGCUACGGCUCGAUGUGCUAUCAGACCAAUCAGACACACGUCGCAGCUUUUUCGCACAUCAAUCGAGGCUUGGGUUUUUACUUAACAAAGUGUGAAGGCAUCAGCGCAAAAUAUAACGCGGAUACAUUCACACGAUCCCUGAAACAGAUCUUACAUGAAGAUGUCGGUGACACCUUGGAGUCAGCGGUUCAUUUCAGUUACGUUUUUGAAAUGGAAUGGUUACUCAACCAGUAUCCAGAACCAUAUCGGAAACUACCGAUGUUAUUGGUUGUCCAGCAAAACAAGGAACUUCUCGACCUGCUCAUAGCCCAACGACAAGUUUAUCGGAACGUGUCCCUGUUGCCGAUCGAGCUUGCCCGCUUCGGAACGCACCACACGAAAAUGAUUUCCCUCAAAUACAAAAACUCUCUGAGGAUAAUCGUGACCACAGCUAACCUGUACGAGGCCGAUUGGUCCCAGAAAAGCCAGAUGCUUUGGGUCAGUCCACUUUUGAAAAAACUCGAGCCAAAACGAGGUCCGGAUUCGUCGACAGGUUUCCGGGCGUCAUUAUGCGCUUAUUUGCGUUCAUAUGGAAAACCGAAAUUGAUCGAUCUCGCCGAAAGUUACGCAGAUUAUGACUUCUCCAGAAUACAGAGCUUCUUCAUAGGUUCUUCUCCGCACUCGCCACGCAGCGGUCUCAUGACCUUGGAGUCGGUUCUGAAGAAGAACGUUCCACCGGUUCCUAGUAACUGUCCGGUCUCAUUUUGCUUCUCAAGCGUAGGGACGCUCGGGAAUGAUGAUGGGGCUUGGUUCCGAUCCGUGCUCGGAAGGCGGCUUAUGUCAUCGGAUGCGACAACACGUAAAGCCUUGAGCGUCAGUGACGUCACGAGAAGCAACUUUCAGCCGAUCUAUCCGACCGUGGAAGAGGUUCGGAAAAGUCUGGAAGGGUACGCAGCAGGGCGUAGUCUGCCCUACUCCGGAGCGACCCAUAAUCGACAAAAAUGGCUGUCCCACUGGCUCCAUCACUGGAAGGCUGAUCACUGUGGGCGUUCUCGAGCCGCUCCUCAUGUUAAAUUCUACAUUCGUACUUCUGAGGACUUCGAUGACACUUAUUGGUUCUUAAUGACAUCCGCGAAUCUCUCCAAAGCGGCAUGGGGCAAUGUAGAAUUAAGGGCGCCACUUUCUUACGAAUGUGGAAUUCUGUACGUUCCCGGACGACCCGUGAAGACAAAAGAUCUGGUGGUCCCCUUCGACCUCCCACCGGAGCGCUACAAACUGUCCGAUCGUCUCUGGGUGCAAGACUCGCGCUAUGCAGCUCUUGACGACUUCGGGAACACUUGGGACCCCAGCAAGGGAGGAGCAGUGGAGAGCGUGUGA